GCAUGGAACUGUCGCAGCUGGUCCCGCUGAACCUGCUGGUUCCGAGGGAGCAGGCCCUGAAACAGUUCCUACUGUCCAUGCGGAGCUUGUGCAACGUGUGGUCAGUCAAGGACGCAGAACGAGCUUUCAUCGCCUCAUCCUUUGUGAAGAGGUUCUAUGACGUGGAGAAUUGGAGCAGUUUGAGGAUUGGACCCUCCUUGUCCAAGCAUCCUCUUUGGGCUGAGGUGUUCUGGGAAUUCCAGGAUGCACAAUGGAAAUGGAUCAGCCACGAGGUAGAUCCCGCACAAUUGAUGGACGGUGUGGCCGCCUUAGAAUUGUUGUUUCAACAUCGCGUGGACAGUUCGGGGUUGAACGGCAAGAUCGACUUUGAGAAGGAUAUUCGCUUCGAAGACUUCCAACAAUGGCUCUACUCGCGGGGACUCUUGUUGGAAGACUGUGGUGUUUGCAUCAAUCAGCACAAAUUUGGUUUGGUGAUGGGUGCCAUGAACGGUGCAUUGGCACAACAAGAUCGUUUGCAACAGGAGGCAGAGAAGAAGUGGCUGGAGAAGCUUCUGCAGCUGGCCGAGGAUGAGGUGGAGACCCUGGCGCGUCAAGGUUGCGGCAACGAAGAGCAGGCGGCCUACGAAGACUUCCAUCGGCGCUGGCGAAAGGCAGCGAGGUCGCAAACUGCCGCCCAGCUGGAAUGGAACCUGCGCCUUUGGGCCCAGCAUAAAUUGGGGCGUGACUGUGAUGCCAAGCCCCUGAGGCCCCUGGCCAUGGCAUUGGCAGUGGAGCUGAAGACUGAGGGCGCCCCGGACUCCCUUGGCAGCGCUGCCAUGGGGCUUGGCAGCGCUGCGCAUACUUCGCUGUCCAUCUCGCCCUUGGAGUUGGAGGAGACGGUGCGGCGGCAGUUGGAGCAAGUGCUGCGCGAUGGGCAACGGGGACUGGCGGCUUUGCAGAGGCUUGAGAGGCUGUCACUGGGGGUGGGUGCCUCGAUGGAAGACCUACUUCCAGGGGAAGGAACUUUCCUAAACUUCCUCAACUCCAAGCCCCAGCUGCGUGAAAUGCUGGAAACUCAUUUGGUGCAGGCCCGCACGCUUGGUGGAGCGGCCUCCGCUGAAGACGUGGAUGUGUCGGACCUCCUGCGGAAGGCGGAUGAGGUGCUCUUGGAGCUGCGUCCCAGCAGCUCCGUGCUGGACCUGCAGCUGCUGGAGCAGCUGGAGGAACGCUUGAGGUGUCCGGGUUUGCGCCUGGGCGAACUGGCACAGCAUAGCUGGGGCAGUGUAUGGGCCACGCGCGUGCAGGACGUAAAGGCUUUCGACUUGUUGCAGAGCCACGCCAACUUUGUUUCCAGCAGCUGUGGUUCUGAGGUGGCCUACCGGCACCACUUCGGCCUCACUGGCGGCGGCUCCGCCUUGGGCCUGCCGCCCCAACGGGUCGCCGCGAGCGAAAGCCGCGAGGGCCGCGAGGGCCGCGAGGGGCUGCACUUCGAAGCGGCGGUGCUGGGGCAGCUGCACAGCUCCAAACGGAUGGAGGUCUCAGGCCACAAUGGCCACACGAAUGGAAGCCUGGCGUCCAUGGAGGCGCGAGCUGCCAGUCGCGCGGCUGAAGACUUGGCGCAAUACUAUGGCCACACCUUUCAGGAGGCAGAGGAGACCUAUAUCUCUGGAGCAGGCCGGCGGCAUGCCACCAUUCAGCAAGGCUUCGAAGCCUUGGCACAAAUGGAUUUCCUGGAGGAUGUGGAAACAAACACCUCCUGGCAGGCCCUCUUUGCGCCCAGCCUGGGGUCGCUGGAGGACUUUUUGUCUCAUCAAGUGGAGCAGCUCCACAAGCAUCAAUUGAGGUUCCUGGUCUUGGCGCCCGGCUCCCUGCCCUGCGCCAGCCUGGCGCCACGCCUGGUGCGCCUGCCCUGCGACGCCUCGGUGGAGGCGCUGCAGCAGGCCGUCGCGGAGGGCCAGGCGAAGACGGCGGCGGCCAUGCUGACGGCGCUGGGCAUCGAAGAGCCGCACAACGUGGAGGCUUUGGUCUACUACUUCCGUGAGGGGCUCAAAGCUUUGAAGCAACGUUUCGAGUCGCAACAUUCAGCGAGCGCAGUGGCCAGCAGUUUAGCUGUGGCCGUGCUGCAGUUUUUGCCCAGUGGGCUGCGACCUCAUUUAGGGAAGCUAGUGGUGCUCCCUUGCCUCAAGGAGGAGGUGGCCUGGUCGGAGGAAUGCCGCAGCGCGGCCAAUCGCCUGGGCUGUAGCAAUAUGCUCCUGGCCUUGGGACAGCUGUGGGACGUGCGCUGCUGGACCUCGGACAUGCCAUCGCAGACGCAAAGUGGUGAGCUUCACUUCUUGAGCGCCUUGGGCAUUUCCCCCGCGGCAGCCACGGCGACUCUCAAUGGCGGUGCCGCGGUCGCGGCUUCGAAAGCGGUGACGAAGAACCGCCAGGAGAAGACAGUAGAGAAGGCGGAAGUGGUGCAAGAAAUUUGGAAACCUUCGGCUGCCGAGAAAAUUUUGCCUCCCACAGCGCUGGAGGACACCGAGAAGCUGGCCAUUCUGCGGAAGAUCCGUCAGGACUUCUGCCUGGAUUCGGCCCACGCCGCCCAGUUACAGCGCAACUUGGGCGGCGCAUUGAAGCGCCUGGGCGAGGACUUGUACCGCGAGCAGCACCACUUCGUUUUCGAGCUGCUGCAGAAUGGGGAUGACAACAAGUACCCGGAAACGGAGAUACCAUGCUACAAGCUGAUCCUAUGCGAAAACAUGCUGGUUGCACUCUCCAACGAAGUUGGCUUUGAACAGGCUAACGUGGAGUCGUUGUGCAGUGUGGACUCCUCGACGAAACCGCAGCUGUCGGAUGGUGCGGAGCGGAUAGGCAGGAAGGGGAUCGGCUUCAAGUCGGUUUUCAAGAUCACCGACACGCCUAUCAUUCACAGUGCUGGCUGGCACUUCCGCUUCAAUGCGGGCUUGAAGCUGGCGACGGUGAAUAUCAAGGAGCUGGGCUACAUCGUCCCGGAGGAAGUGGCCGAGUCGGAUAUGAAGUUCCCCCAUUGGACCACCGAAAUCCGGCUGCCAUUCAAAAAGGAGCUGGGAAACGAUGAGAAGGCGCUCUUGAACGAGGACUUUAAAGCCUUGGACGGCACCCUGCUGUUGAACCUCAACAAGCUCAGGUGUCUGGUGCUUCAGCAGUGCAACUCCUCGCAGAUCUCCGAGGACCGGCCCCUGGCACCGAGCGGACGCUGCCUGCGCUCCACGGAUCUGUGCACGGUGCAGCGCUACGGGGAGGUGGACUGGAGGCUCGUUCAGAUAAGUGAUGGCGAGGUACGGAAUUGGCUGUGCGCGGAGGGAGCCUUUCCCUUCAGCAACAAAGACCCCAAGAUGGUGAAGCUCAAGAUCUCCUUUCCGCUGCCGGUGAAAGGAAGCCUAUUGGAGUGGCAGAAGGACGAACAACCGACUCUGCAGCAGACCUUCUGCUAUUUACCCCUUCGCUCCUUCGGAUGGCGUGUGGUGCUUCAUGCCAACUUCAACGUCACCGCCUCCAGGAAUGAGUUGCACUGCAGCGCAUGGAAUCGCAAAAUCAAGGAACUGUUGCCCAAGAUGAUGUGUUGGUGCCAGCGCAUCAUCCAGGAGAAGCUAAUGCCUUCAGCACUCGCUGCGCCCUUCAGUCCCCUGCCCUGGUUGAAGCCGAACCCAGCGCUGGAUGAAGCGCGGCCGCCGCGCACGGUGCCCUAUGGCUAUUUUCUUCGCUUCAUGCCUGUGCAUGGAGAUUUGGGUGGUGGCGCUGGUGCCAGCGACUUCUUCGCAGGGACAGAGGCAAAAAUUUGGCACCAGCUCAAGGAGGAGAAGUGCGUCCUGUCUGCGGAAGGAUGUUGGAUGCAGCCGUGCUACAUUUUUCAAGCACCCGAAGUCAUGAAGAAGGUGAUCGGGCCGGAAAUCUUGGCAAAGUUCCAUGAUGGACUUUGCUAUAUGCAUUCGGACUUUGGAGCAGGCCUCUCUGCGAAGACCCUUCAGCAUUUGGGAGUCAGGACGCCAGGUUCCGCCUUGGACGUCCUUCUGACGGUGCUCACUGGCAUGGUGGGCAGCCCCGAGGGCAACGAGGUCUUGUCCGUGGGCUUUGUGCGACAAGUCCUGGCGCUGUGCUACAGCUUGAUGUGGGGCGGCCAUCAGGACGAGGUGCCGGUGAGCGACUCGCUGCGCCUGGAGAAGCUGAAGAAGUUGCGGCUGCUGCCGCUGCAGCGCAGCACGAUCGCGGGACCACCGGGCUUGGUGGACGAUGCCGCGCAGCGUGGGGCGGUGGCGGAGGAGGGGCUGUUCUUGCCCGACAGAAUCCAGCAAAGCUUUCCGCAGGCUUUGCUGGAUUGCUUGGAUCUGAAGAUCGUCUCCCCUGAGCUCUUUGAGGGGAAGGACGGUCAGCUGGUUCGCCGUUUGUUGGACCACUUGGGUCUGCGGCUCUUGUCGCCCGACGCGGUGGUGCUGGAGGGGGUGAUGCCGUUGCUGGAAAAGUUGGGAGAAGCGACGCAUGGAGAACAGGAGGUCCGAACCGUGUCCCUUUGCAUCGCCUACUUGGCCUCCGUUCGCAUGGCGGAGUGUGCUGAGGGCUGGGCGCGGAAGUUCAAACGGCAGACUUUCGAAGAGGCGUUGCAGACCUGGUUGAAGCUUCCGAUCCUCCUGGACGGCCAGCUGCAGCUGCAACCCGUGGCCUCUUCAGUCCCCACACUUCUGUCCAGCACCUUCCACCUGCUGCUGGCCACAGACGCGGAGCAGCGGGGGGAGAGCGACCGCGCGCAGGCGCACAAGGUGCUGGCGGAGGUGGAGACGACCGCAGUGACGGCACCGCAGCUGUUGGAAGCGGCUGAUGAGAUGCAGCUGGCCCCCCGGCAGCUGGCCCAGUUCCUGGCGCAGCACUGCGGUGUGACCAUGGGCGGCUUCCCCGUGCAGCGGCUGCGGCAGAGCCAAACGCUGGGGGAGUUGGGCCGUGAGAAGCCGCAGCUCAAGGAAGUGGCGGAGCAACUGGCGCGGGAUGUGGAUUCCAACAUCUUGGCCCAAACUGUGGACGUCGUCGACUUCGACUCUCGGGCCCUCGCGGCGGCGCUGAACAGCGGAAGUGACGUCCGCAGAUUGCUGGUGGCGUCCUACGUGGUGGAGUUACGUGACCAUCUUGCGGCCAGCCUCACCUUGAAAGCCACAAGCAAGAGCUGUCCAUCAUCCAUCGCGGCUCUCAUGACGAAUUCCAGCUGGGUGCAGGGCAGUGGCAGGAGCUGCAAGCCCUGCCAUGCGCGGUUCCUCUGGGAGGAUGGACAGAUGCCAUCACCGGACUCGAAGCUGACCCCGGAGGUGAAGAGAUUUUUGGAGAAACACCUGGUGUUGGUUGGUGAGGCACCCUGCUGUCAGCUGAGCUUCCGUGAAAUGUUGAAGCAGCUGGGUGCGCAGCAACUUUCUGCCAAGGAUGUUCUUGAACUGCUUCGGGACUGGUCAACGACAAAGUUCGAAAGCACGGAGGGCGAGAUGACCAGCGCCUAUCAGAGCCUGCACUUGCUUCAGCAGCAUCGCAGAUGUCUGGAAGUGGAGGCGGCCUUGAAGGACCAAGAUGAGAAACUGAUCUUUGUGCCGAAUGAGACCAAACUCACCAAGAAGCAACAACUGCAAAGCAACCUGUACCGGGGCGAGUGGCUAUCUCCAUCCGCAUGCUGUGUAAUGGAGGAUCGCCGCGUGAGCAAAAACAUCUUCCUACUCUCGCGGCUUCGAGCGGUCAGGGAAUUGGAGCUGCACUACAGCUCCGCAUUGAAGGACGGGGUUCGAGUGGACACUGGCAGACGUUGCGCAUGGUUCAUCUAUAUGUGA